CCGUCCCUGAAGUGAACCUUUAUUAGUCGGGAUCGUUUGGAUCUUAUCUCGCAUAUGACACUCGGCGGAGGAAAGACUGGAGGAAAAAGAGGGGGAUUAUCUGUGAAUUGCCUUCCGAUCCGCUGAUUCCUGACACGGGAGAGCCUCGCUUAUCUCGCACCUUUCUCCCCAUCUUCCACAGGCGGAUGGACGAGUAGCCCUGGCUGCACUUUCUCCACUAUCUGCCCAUCUCUUCUAUUGUCUCUCCAUCGCUGGGAUCACACGGGGGGGGGGGGAUGCUGACUGAUCCCUGCUCACAUCUUUACUGUCAUUUCUUUUUUUUCUUUUUUUUUUAAUCGAGCGAUCACUAAUCAUCUCUAAGACUUUAAGGCUCCAGACUGUUUUGAUCUGCAGAAACAUUUCCUGGCUUGACGUUUGACCCCGCGUGAUUCCCAUGUUGCAAGUUCGCAGCUGAAAAAAAGUAAAACAACUAGUUUCUUUUCUUUCUUGUCUUUUUUUUUUUUUUUUUUUUUUUGGUUGUUGUUUUUCUUAUCCGUGAGGCCGAGGGUCCGUGUCUUUAGCGUCUGAUGGUUGUUUUGGCCGGUGGAAUAUGAGUUAAUUUGGAGUUGAAAGCUCCGCUCAAGAGCGCCUUUAAGUUCGUUUCGAGAUUUUUUUUUUUUUUUUUUUUUGCCUCCCAACUCUUUGUCAAGGUUUUUAAGGAGGACUGACUGCCAACACCGGAGAAUAAAAAUGAUGCUGAGCCCGGACCAGGCUGAGGCCGACCUCUCUUGGACUCAGUCCGACCCGGAGACGAUGCUCAACGGCCUCAACUCGGCCGGCUGCGCCUCGGACGAGCCGGCGGAGGGCGAGGACAGGCCAAAAUGCAAAGCCGACCAGCCCCUGAGCAGGGAGGAGAAGAGGAGGAGGCGGAGGGCCACGGCAAAGUACCGCUCGGCCCACGCCACCAGGGAGAGGAUCCGAGUGGAGGCGUUCAACGUGGCCUUCGCGGAGCUGCGGAAAUUACUCCCCACCUUGCCCCCGGACAAGAAACUCUCCAAGAUCGAGAUCCUCAGACUGGCUAUAUGCUACAUCUCAUAUCUCAAUCACGUGCUGGAUGUCUAAAAGUGACUCCCACCCCCCACCCCCCCACCAUGAGACAGAAAGGGUUUGGUUGGGUUGGUAGACUGGACUCAAGCGCAUGCUGGGCGUCAAUUGAUAUGGCAAGGUUGGCAGUUAGGGUCGACUGAGAACGGAGACUUGUAAAGCAGAUACCCAGUAUUUGUUUUUGUUUUUUUGCAGCUUUUCAUAGAUAUUUUGUGCACUCAUUCACUACCUUUAAAUUGAUCAAUUUCCGGGUGAGUCAGGACUCACUGAGUGAAGAAACCUCCUAACUGGCUGAUAUGAAACGUCGGAUAUAUCGGUCUCUAUAACACCUGUGACAUGAGCUCCCAUGUUGCUUUGACUUGAAAUCUUCGAGGUUUUAAUUAGGCUGCAACAUGCUUACUAAAUCAGCAAACUUGAAAUCGUUAAACAAACAAAAAAAAAACUUUCAGGGCCAACAUCUAGUAAAGAAUUUCUCCCACCAAAUGAAACCGUCUUGUCCCCCAGAUGCUGGGACUUUGCCAUACCUUAUAGUUGACUGAGUUGACCCCCAGCGUGAGUCCAGUGUUGGUUAUUAAAGUUCCGAAUGAAAGGAAAGCCUCAACUUUCAGUCCAGACCGCUCACUGAACAAAAGCAACAAGCGACCGAGUCGUUUGAGCUGUUAGAUGCAAUAAUGAGAAAAAUGAUUCUUUUCCGAUAUACAGUGGGGGAGGGUGGGCUGUGUGAGCCCCCCGCAGGCAUUCAUGUUUCCCUCCCAACGGCGAUGUAGUGGAGAGUAGAAAAUGUGUGUGUGUGUGUGUGUGUGUGUGGGGGGUUAUCAUGAAUAUCAAGAAUCUGGUUUUCAGAGAAACUUGAAUCUCCACAUUAAAUCGCCCUCACACGUGCCAUUAGUAUAACCCCCCCCCACCUAAUGUCGUGAAUACACCUCAGCCUCAAAACGAAGUCCUGCCCUCACUGUAUCAAUUUGAGGUCUAGUCAAACAAACACUGGGGCAUUUUUCCCGAUCGAAGUGAAAGGAUGUAAACGAGAUAGCUGCUUUAGAUCUAGUUUAGAUGAUGUUUUCCGUAAAGGAAGAAAAAAAAAAAAAAAAAGAUUCAAUGCAUAAGUGCCACUUAUGACAUAUAAAAUUGUGACCUUAAUCAUUUUUUUAAAAGUGUAUGGAAUUAUUUAUUUAAUUGUGUUAAUAUUUAAGGCUAAUUUAUUUCUGUUGAUAUCAUAGGCUGGCGUCUUUUUGUAUAAAUGUAUAUUGUUUGUUGCUUCUAUAUUUUAGGCUGUGAAAUUGAACUUGGAAAGUGAUGGUGUUCUACUCUUAAAAAAAAUGGCACUUUCUGUUAAUCCAUAGCAUAAUUUAUUCGUUUGAUGUAUGUUUGAUGUAUGUCAUUAUCUUUUUUUUUGUUGUUGUUUGUUUUUAAUGUCACGUCUAUUGUCUAUCAAUAGCAACGAUAAGCACUUCAAGAUGGGGUUCGAUGGCCCCAUACAUGUCUAUUUCCCUAAAUUGUUGUGUUAAGAGGUUGCUCGAGGAAUUGGAAUUGGGCUGCUUAAAAAACAAAAAAAAAACUAAACAAAUCAUUCAAUUUAAGAAUUUGUUUCACUGACAGAAUAAUGUAAUCAUGUGAAGAAUGAUUAUGUCAAACAGUUUCUACCACCAAGGGGUUAUCAUACGAUUCAGAAGCAAACCUCUUUUUUUUGCUGUUACCAAAAAAUACUAAUUAUUUCGAGUAGUCUGAAUUUAUUAUCUUCAAUGUUUUGAUGUUAUUAUUUUAAUGAAUUGGUUUAUUUAUUUAUUUGUCUCUGCUUUGUAUUAUGAAAUCCAAUAAGUAAUUUUCUAGUGAAGGAAAAAAAAAAAAAACAUAUCCUCUAUCCAAAGAUUUUCUGUCUCUUCAGGGUUGUGUAGGCUACUUGUUGCUUUAUGCAGAUCUUUUGUAGUAGAGGUAUUGUGUGACAGCUGGUUUCUAAUGGACAAACUUUUCAUAUUUUCCGGUGUUAUUUUUAAUUAAAACGGAAAUACUUGAAAAAAAAA